AGCCUGAGCAUUGUCGCCCUCCCUUCCUCUCCCCUCCCCCUUCUGCCUCCCCCCUCCCCCUUCUGCCUCUCCGCAUCUCUUCUGGUACAGCCGCGCGCCUCCCUCCCAUCGUCCCUCUGCUCUUCACGCUGUAAACGUCGUUGCUGUUGCUGCGUUCGCUGGUCCUGGUUGCUUCUUUGCUCUCCUCCGCCGCUUCCUCUGGUCCUCGUCGCUGCGUCCGCUGGUCCAGUCCUGCCGUCGUCCUCUGUCACUGCAGCUUGGUCUGGUCAGUGAGAUGGGGGCUAAGGAGAAGAAAGCAUUAAAGAAGAACUCGAAGAAGGUUACUUCGUCUCAAUUAUCUAAUGACAAAGAGUCUGCUGAUUUCUUGCCCUUAGAUGGUGGACCUAGGCGUAAGCUACCUGAGCAAAAGGAGCGUAGAAAUACUGCUACUGUCUUGUAUAUUGGUCGAAUACCACAUGGUUUCUACGAGAAAGAAAUGGAAGCUUACUUUUCCCAGUUUGGUACAAUCAAGAGGUUGAGAAUUGCAAGGAACAAGAAGACUGGAAAAUCAAAGCAUUAUGGAUUCAUUGAAUUUGCAGACCCUGAGGUGGCAGAAGUAGUUGCUGAAUGUAUGCAUAAUUAUCUAUUGUUUGAGCAUCUUUUGCAAGUCUAUCUCAUCCCUCCAGAGCAUGUUCAUCCAAAAUUGUGGAAAGGUUUUAAUUAUCGAUACAAACCAUUGGACAAGGUUCAAAUUGAGCGAAAACGGCAGAACAAGGAAAGAACACUUGAAGAGCAUAAGAAGGUGGUGGAGAAGAUUUUGAAGCGAGGUCAGAAACGGCAAAAGAUGAUAGAGGCUGCUGGCCUUGAUUAUGAGUGCCCAGAAAUUGUGGCAGGCGUCCAGUCUGCUCCAAAAAGGAUCAAGUUUGAUGAAGAUUAGGCCUUGCGUUGGUGGAAAUUUUCUCUACGGUGUGCAAUUACCUUUUCUCCUUGCAUGCGGAUGAAAAAGAUUUAGUUGCUUAGCCCUCACUUUUCUGCUAGGAUCAUAGACAUGAAGAGAACUCAAAUGAAACAAGACAUUUCCAACUUUAAUUCUAAGGGAAGUUUUUCUUUUUUUCUUUUCUGUAAUUUUUUCAUAAAGUUGUUUAUUUCGUUACUUGCA